AUGGAUGGAAAGAUUUUCAUGGCACUGGGCCUGUUUUUCAUGGCCAGUUUUAUUCAGGUUGAAAGUAAGCUUUGUAAACCACCAGCCAAUGAAAAUGGAUAUACGAUGUUUUUAAGACAACAUUAUGACAAUCCAAAGACUUCCAGUAACGAUUACUGCAAUGCGAUGAUGGAGAUGAGGUGCAUGACCAAUCUUGAUCCUCCUAAGAGCAAAUGCAAGGAAAAAAACACAUUUAUUCAUAGUACAAAAAAUCUGAUCACAGCUGUGUGUGAUAAAGCAGGGGUGCCUCUUGGUGGCAAUCUGCGAAGGAGCACAAAACCCUUCAGUGUCUCUACCUGUAAAGUCAAAGGGGAUCCUAACAAGCACCCUUGUGAGUACAAAGGAGGCAGGGGAGAUAUGAGAGAAAUUGUGAUUGCAUGUGCAGGCAAACUACCUGUGCAUCUUGAUGACACUGAAAUUCCUUAG